GCAGUCUGGGUUCUGCAAAGAGUCCCAGGGUAACUGGCAUAAUAGGAAAUGAUGCUCUUUCUUAGUAAUGGGUCAUGUCCCCCAUGUGUAAGCGAACAGGAUGAAAUCUCUUCAGUCCUCCAAAGGGUUACUAUGUUCCGACGAAUCCAAAAUACUUUUUUGAUGACAAACACACUUGGAGGAAAGAAUUCAUAAAUAAAGAGGACGUGGCUUUCUUUUCUUUUUUUUGGAAUCUUUGUGAGCUAUUGUAAUGAAAACAAGCACACACAUAGCAGUUCUGGUCAGUUUUUGACAUGAAAUUACAAGUAUCCGGAGAUGUGGAAAAUGCUAAUAAUUUGCAUCUAACUUAUACCCUGACUUCCUUUUUGUUCCCGACAGCGGUGAGGGCCGACCGCAUGCGCGGAGGAAGGAACAAGUUCGGGCCAAUGUACAAGAGAGACAGAGCUCUGAAGCAACAGAAAAAAGCCCUCAUCCGGGCCAACGGGCUCAAGCUGGAGGCCGUGUCGCAGGUGAUCCAGGCGAUGCCCUCUGAGCUCGCCAUCUCCUCGGCGAUUCAGAACAUCCACUCUGCCAGCAAAGGCCUACCUCUGAACCACGCUGCCUUGCCUCCCACGGACUACGACAGAAGUCCCUUUGUAACGUCGCCCAUCAGCAUGGCGAUGCCGCCUCCAGGCAGCCUGCAGGGCUACCAAACCUAUGGCCACUUCCCUAGCCGGGCCAUCAAGUCGGAGUACCCCGACCCAUACACCAGCUCCCCAGAGUCGGUCCUGGGCUACUCCUACGUGGACAGCUACCAGACCGGCUCGCCGGCGAGCAUCCCCCACCUGAUCCUGGAACUGCUCAAGUGCGAGCCGGACGGGCCUCAAGUCCAGGCCAAAAUCAUGGCCUACCUCCAGCAAGAGCAGGCCAACCGGAGCAAGCACGAG